AUGUCAGACUCUACCACUGGUAAAACUAUUAUAUGUAAGGCUGCAAUUGCCUGGGAAGCAGGUAAGCCAUUAACUAUUGAAGAUAUUGAAGUUGCUCCACCAAAGGCCCACGAAGUUCGUAUCAAAAUUUUGCACACCGGUGUUUGUCACACUGAUGCUUACACAUUGAGUGGUGUUGACCCAGAAGGUGCUUUCCCAGUUGUUUUGGGACACGAAGGUGCCGGAAUUGUGGAAAGUGUUGGUGAAGGGGUUGACAAUGUCAAGGUAGGUGAUAGUGUUGUUGCUUUAUACACUCCUGAAUGUAAGGAAUGUAAGUUCUGUAAGUCAGGAAAGACCAACUUAUGUGGUAAGAUCAGAUCCACCCAAGGUAAGGGUGUUAUGCCUGAUGGCACUUCAAGAUUUAAGUGCAAGGGUAAGGAGUUGUUGCACUUCAUGGGAUGUUCGACUUUCUCCCAAUACACGGUCGUAGCUGACAUCUCAGUUGUUGCUGUUAAUCCAAAGGCUCAGCCAGACAAGACCUGUUUGUUGGGUUGUGGUAUUACAACUGGUUAUGGUGCUGCUACCAUCACUGCGAAUGUUGGCGAGGGUGACAACAUUGCUGUUUUCGGUGCUGGAUGUGUUGGUUUAUCGGUUGUUCAGGGUGCCCUUCAAAGAAAGGCAGCAAAGAUUAUAGUCGUUGAUAUCAAUGACUCCAAGAAAGAAUGGGCUGAAAAAUUCGGUGCCACUGACUUUGUAAACUCUGCCAAAUUACCUAGCGACACCACCAUUGUCGACAAAUUAGUCGAAAUGACCGAUGGUGGCUGUGACUUCACUUUCGACUGUACUGGUAACGUCAACGUCAUGAGAAAUGCCUUAGAAGCGUGCCAUAAAGGUUGGGGUACCUCUGUCGUUAUCGGAGUUGCUGCUGCUGGUAAAGAAAUCUCCACCAGACCUUUCCAAUUGGUCACCGGUAGAGUAUGGAAGGGUGCUGCAUUCGGUGGUGUCAAGGGCAGAUCUCAAUUGCCAGACAUAGUCGAAAACUACAUGAAUGGCGGUUUGAAGGUUGACGAAUUCAUCACUCACAGACACGAGUUAGAGAAUAUCAACACCGCGUUUGAUGAUAUGCAUGCUGGUGACUGUAUCAGAGCUGUUAUUAACAUGUAA